GGCGUAGGAAGUACACGGUACUGUGUGUACCACGUACACAAUACACCUGCUUACCUACCUGCAGCGCGUAUAUUGGGUUAUGCAAGGACAAACAAUGCACAUGUUAAUUUUAUUUUUAGCCUUUUGGCAUGCAUGUUUUUUUAGUACCCUUGCAUUAUACUGCUGUCGCUUAUAGGCGAAGAAGCCCUUGUAGACAGGCAUCACGUGUGGGUUGCUCUGCCAACAACGCGCCUACACAACAAACGACAUCUCAACGUGCGUUUGGAAUGUCAUGCAGGGGAAAGAAUCCCACAAAUUCAUUCACUCGGGCCAACGAGCAAGGGAAAACCUAUAUUUGGAUAAUUCCUUGGAUGAUUCGAUCCUCUCUCUUGCACCAACAUGGCCACUACUCCAUUGUCUCCCAGCGCCGACGAAGCUUUAAACUGCCCUACACCAGCAUCCUCUAAGCGCUACGGCGGCCAGUACGAAGUCCAAAGCUUCCGCAAGUUGUCUGUAGACAUGGACUCAAUCGACGAAGCAUCCUCCCCGAUAAACCUCGAAACCACCGACGUGCUCAACAUGUCUGAUCAAGAAAACCUCCAACCGUCCCGCAGAAGCCACAGCCGCGUCAUCUCAGGCACCGAGCUGUCCCCGCUGAAGAUUCUCAAUAGGAAGAGAAGUAGCCCGGACAGCGGCCUCGCAGAUUUGGGGGCUAUGCCUCCUCCACCGCUGCGUUGCGUGCGCAGGGUCUCGCCAGAGAAGAGAUUUCCCGUCAAAGUUAGCGGCUCCGGGGACAGCUUUGCGGCCCUGGCAGAGCACCAGCGCAAAGUCAGCUUGGAGAGCUUGCUGCAAGGUAACGAUGCUCUUAAGCAGGCUAUUGAUAUCUUUGAAGACGAGCUCUCAGCUGGAGAUAACGAUAAUGACAAUGACGCCCUAGCGGCAGAUGAGACUAUGAUGAGCACCUUUAGCACCUUUUCAGCAAUGCCAGACCUGGCAACCCUCUCCAAACUAGGACACAGUCCGGCAAAACUAUCAGGCUUGAGGGGGAUCCCUCCUCGCGUGCCGUCUGCAACGGGUUCUCGACCGUCCACAAGAGACGAGGCCAACUCGUCCAACUUGUUGAUGGACUAUACUGAUUCGCUGAGAAACCCUAGACGAUCACCAGAUAAACGUGGCACCUUGCCUGCAUCCUUUUCGACAAAUCACAAUGAAUCCACACCAAACCGAAAGACCUUGAUGGACUUUGACAUCCCGCCUAUGCCUACGCCCCGAAGCGUGCCCAGCAUCUCGGCCAGAGAGGUCGAGUCGCUCAAGUCCAGCUUCAUGUCAGAGAUUAGCUCGCUCAAGGCGUCGCUAAGCGGCAAGGAGGCCGAAGUACGCUCGCUCAAGUCUGCCGUUGGCGAUGCCGAGAAGCGCGUCGGCGAAACCAUGGAGCAGUUCCGCGACGAACAAGCCCUCAAGGAGCAGCUGAGCCACGAGAAGGAGGACUGGGAGAACCGCAGCCGUGAGCUGGAGCGUGUGCUGAGCCAAGCCAGAAACGACAUCGAGGCUAGUCACCAGGAGCGAGAGGACCUUGAGCAGAAGCUGGACGAGAGCGAGAAGCGUCGCGAAGCCGCGGAAACACUGCACCAAGAAGCCGAAAGCAAGAUUGCGGGCAUGCGCGCCGGCAAGUCCUCGGAGCGAACCUCGCUGGACAAUAACAGCAACAACAACAACCGGCACGAUCCGGCCUCGACUAACAAGGAGGUGGAGGUUGCCGUGGAGCGUGUUGCUCGCGAGCUGCAUGCGCUGUACAAGGGUAAACAUGAGACCAAGGUUGCCGCGCUCAAGAAGUCGUAUGAGGCCCGCUGGGAGAAGAAGAUUCGCGAGCUCGAGGCCCGCAUCGGCCAGCUCACCGAGGAGAACCAGCUUCUCGAAGCCAACGUCCACUCACCGAUCCAUACGAACAGCAAUGCUAGCGACGAGCUCAAGGCACAGACUGUGCGAGACAGCGCGACCAUCAAGGAGCUCCAUGCCGAUGUGCAGCGUCUCGAGGCCGUAGCGGCAUCCACAAGAAAAGACAACGAGGAGCUGCAUCUGAUGCUCGAGAGGGAGCGCGUGGAAAAGGGCGAGCUUGUCCAGCUUGCCGAGGAGCUCAUGUCUAUCCAGAACGCGCCGCCUCCUCAGAUCCCGGCCCGCGCUGACCGCAGUGUCCCGCGUACUGUGGCGGAGCCUGUGAUGCCCGCAAAGACGCCGGCUAAGACGCCGCGUCGGUCGGAUGUACGGGCGAGCAUGGGACGAGCUUCGGGUUUGAGGACGCCGGGGUCGUCGCUGCGCCAGCCGCAGGAUAGAAUGCGGGCGAGUGCGCCGCCGGCCAGGCAGAGUCUAGGAGGAAGCCGUGCUAGUCUUGGGGGUUCUUCUGCGAGGGCUGGGGUGAUGGCGAAUAUUGAGAGGAUGGCGCACCGACGGGAUCAGAUUUGAAUGAAAUGAGAAGGAUGAGAAGAGGUGUCUGAUGAAUGACAGAGAGACAGUCUGAUGACGAAGACGACAGACAUGACGGGAACGAGUACAUGGUAUUAUUAUGAUCAAGAUUGACACGAAGGGUUUAGGGGAACGGACAGGAUGGGAUGGUACGGUUUGCGAUGUUACUUUUUUCUUCUUUUUUAUUCUUCAUUUCAAGCACAGCAGAUAUACCUUUUUUUGUGUAUGCUUGAGAGCACGGCGCACUCGCAG